AUGUCUUUCAUCGUCCAUAAUCGGAGGAGCAGCAAAAAGCAAUUUCAAGUGGAUCCUCUUCUUAUGCCCAAGGUUCCUCGUAUCAAUUACUUGCACAUCAUGGAAGAGAAGCACAGGCUACAGCUGAAGAAAUUCCUCCUUCACAGGUUGUUUCUAGUGGGCUACAUACAAGCCAACACGGAGAAAAAGGAAAUUUCUGAAUACUAUGAGCAACUCUUUCAGUCAAUUCUGAAACACCAUUUAGGUGAAGUAGUGACAGGACUCUUUCUUAUGUACCCAAGUUCGUUUCUGCACAUCCUGGAGAGCUCCAACGGCACACUGUUCCGUAUUCUUCUAGAUUACGUUGCCCAUGAGAAGAGCGAAAGAGAAUUUAUGAUCCAAAACAUGAAAAUCAUCGUUGCUUCUCAUAACAUCCCCACGAGGCUGUUCAUGCAGUGGCACAUCUCUAUCAUCAAAGUCCCGGUUUUGUACCUAGAUGACGACACGCAGUCGCAGUCCGUAGAGGAAGUCACCACAGAUUUCCUCACCUUGACUCACAAGCUGGCACUCCAUCUUUACAAGACAGUGAAACUGGGUGGUAAAGGGCCAGGUGACAACCUACACCAACUUGCCCCGGAACUCAUUCUCCCAGAAAAAACUAUCAAGUACUUAUGCAAAGCCACAGAAUUCAUGGACCCAGCAUCAUUCUUAAGCAUGUAUAACAGACCCAUACACGUUACCAUGGAUUCUGAUAUUGUGUGGCCGGCUCCUUCCCGUUUCUAGGAUGGGGAGAGAUGAUUUGGGUCUGUCAAAAGUUUUUUUUUUUUUACUACUUUAGA